AAACCUUAUACAAAAGGUUAGGUUUCCCAAAACCCUAAACCUCUCUGAAACUUUCUGCUGAAAAAAUUCUACAAGAAUUUUGGAUUGAAGUAAUGGAAGCUCAAGAGCAGAAAGAUAUGGACAGCAAUAGCAAUAUCAUGUGUCUGUUAACAGACCCAGAAGGAACUCCUUUAGGACCUUCUAUGUUUCUUCCACAUAACGCUGGACCUCCUCAACUUCAACAGCUCGUCAAUAAACUUCUAAACAAUGAGGAUAAAUUGCCUUAUUCAUUUUACAUAUCAGAUCAAGAGCUUGUACUGCAACUCGGAGCGUAUCUAGAAAAGAACAAAGUUUCUGUGGAGAAGGUGUUGAAGAUUGUUUACCAACCUCAAGCAAUCUUUCGUAUUCGUCCAGUCAAUCGCUGCUCUGCCACUAUUGCCGGUCAUACAGAAGCUGUUCUUACAGUUGCUUUCAGCCCUGAUGGCAGACAACUAGCGAGUGGCUCUGGUGAUACUACUGUGCGGUUAUGGGAUCUCACUACUCAGACCCCAAUGCACACUUGUACAGGACACAAAAACUGGGUUCUUUACAUUGCAUGGUCACCUGAUGGUAAGCACCUUGUAAGUGGUAGCAAGUCUGGAGAAAUUCUAAGCUGGGAUCCGCAGACUGGGAAGCAAUCAGGAAAUCCGUUCGUUGGCCACAAAAAAUGGAUUACUGCCAUUUCAUGGGAGCCUGUACACCUGAGUUCUCCAUGUCGCCGCUUUGCAACAUCAAGUAAAGACGGGGAUGUACGUAUUUGGGACAUUUCAUUAAGAAGAUGUGUUAUUGCUCUUACUGGACACACACUUGCAGUAACUUGUGUUAAAUGGGGUGGAGAUGGAAUGAUAUAUUCAGGCUCUCAGGAUUGUACGAUUAAAGUGUGGGAAACUACACAAGGCAAGUUGGUUCGCGAACUGAAGGGGCACGGACACUGGGUGAACUCUCUGGCAUUGAGCACUGAAUAUGUGCUUCGCACAGGAGCAUUUGAUCAUACUGGAAAACAAUAUUCAUCACCUGAGGAAAUGAAAGAGGUGGCUCUUGAGAGGUAUAACAAAAUGAGAGGAAAUGCUCCUGAAAGACUGGUAUCUGGGUCUGAUGAUUUCACCAUGUACCUUUGGGAACCUGCUGUCAGUAAGCACAACAAAGCCCGCCUGACUGGUCACCAACAGCCUGUGAACCAUGUUUACUUCUCCCCGGAUGGGCAAUGGAUAGCAAGUGCUUCAUUUGACAAGUCAGUCAGGCUGUGGAAUGGUACCACUGGGAAGUUUGUUGCAGUUUUCCGUGGUCAUGUUGGACCUGUAUACCAGAUAAGCUGGUCUGCUGAUAGUAGGCUUCUUUUAAGUGGUAGCAAGGAUUCUACGCUGAAGGUUUGGGAUAUCCAGAAGCAAAAGUUAAAGCAGGAUCUUCCAGGUCAUGAGGAUGAGGUUUUUGCUGUCGAUUGGAGUCCGGAUGGUGAGAAGGUAGCCUCAGGAGGAAAGGACAGAGUUAUGAAAUUGUGGAUGUAGUAGACCUGUAGAGGUAGAGAAAGGUAGCCUACUUAAGUUCAGUUCUGCUUGUAUUUUAUUGGAUCAGUUCAGAAAGGCACAAUCCUAUUUAAUGAAUCAAUUAUUUUAUUUUCUUGUAUUUGGAAUUUCUCAAAUUUUGCAAUUGAGAAUUUGUCACUCCCUGUUCA